AUGACUUCAGCCAGAGACAUGGCUAAAACUGCAGUCAUUCUGUGUGCUGUCUGCAUCUUUGCGGGUUCUGACGGAAAAGCCGUGAUGAAGAGGUCUGUGAGUGAAAUGCAGAUUAUGCACAACUAUGGGGAGCACCUGCAUUCUGCAGACAGGCAAAACUGGCUCCUUGAGAAACUACAGACGGUGCAUCAUGACCCCCAGGCUGCCGAAGCAGCAGCAGUGGAUGCUAAGCCCCGUGAGGUCAGAAGUUGGAGGGUUCUCCCUGAUCACCUGCAAGCAAAGAUGCAGAAGAAACCAAGGGAUUGGAACAAAGGUUACAGGGCUAUCACCUUCAAAACAAAGGCCCAGUGA